UUUUACAUCGAAAUGAUUACGUUCAAACCCAAAAUAAUUGGGUCCAAGGAUCAGUGACCCAAUUACAUCAUUGGCCCUAGCAACAAGCAGAAAGCAAAAUCCAGAAAUGGGAAAACCACAAAAGCGCAAGUCAGUCGGUGUUCACCGGACAUUGGCUGAGAGAUGGCUCGCUGCCUUGGCGGAAAAUGGAAGGUAAUUUCAUUGAAAACUUGGAAUUCAUGGCAUCGAACCUUUCGAUCAGACGCGGCGCUAAAAGCAAUAGCGAAAGCUUCCGAAGAGAAAGUCCCAAAUGUGGCUCUAUACAACUACCCCUCGUUUUCGGGCGCCUUAUCCGCUCUCUUCGCUCACCUUUACCAUUCUCGUCUUAAUCUCCCUUGCCUUAUUUUGCCUUUCUCCUCCGUUGAACCCCUCAGGGUGGAAGAUUUUUUUGUUGAAGGAUUAGACAAGUGUUAUCUUCUUGACUUCGUCGGUCCAAAAGGGUUUGCUACAAAGCUUUCACAGCAAUCAAUGUGUGAAGUAAUAGCCUUUGAUCAUCGAAAAUCGGCACUUCCAAAAAUUAACUCUUCCGAAGAUCUGAGAAUCACCUUUAAUAUCAAUCUUGAGAAGAGUAGUUCAAUUGCUGUAUAUGAGUAUUUUUCUGAUAAGCUUGCGAAUAUGGUGUCUCCUGAUGUGGAGACUGCCAAUUUGCUGAACUCAGAAGUCCGAGGUUGUGUUGAAACGGUUCUAAAGUAUAUUGAAGAUGCAGAUCUUUGCAGAUGGAGCUUACCGGAAAUUAAAGCUUUUAGAAUUGGACUUGGUGAAUGGCGUGCCAAGUUAAAUUGCAUCACUAAUCCAUACUUGUUUGAACAGUUACUUGAGAUCAGUUCUGCUGAUUUGGUUGCCAAGGGAAAUCUGUAUAUUUCUUCUCGCCAGAUAGCUGCAAACAAGUUUCUAGAUAAGGCAUUUAAAGUUCACUUGGGCAGAGGAUUCUAUGGGGAGUGCCUGGGAGUUAGAGUAGAUGGCAGCUCUGAUUUAAGUGACGAAAUUGGAAAGCAGCUAAGUCUAAAAAGUGCCACAGCUGGUCUUAGGCCCAUAGGAGCUGUUAUAUAUAUGCAAAGGAAAAAUCUUAAGAUGUGUCUAAGGAGCACAGAUGCUGCAACUGAUACCUCUGAAGUUGCAAAGGCAUAUGGUGGAGGUGGCUGCCCAAGCUCCAGCUCCUUUAUAAUAAGAAUGGAUGAGUAUAAUCAGUGGCUUUCUGGAAACAUGUGACUACUACUUCAAGGUAUGGAAUAUGUCCUUGAGGCACUCACUUGACAAAUAUGUAAUCCAAUAAAAUUAAAUAGGUAGACCAUCUCAUCUCCUUGAUACAUUUUCCUUUUUUA